AUGGAUGACACUGAAAAGACCAAGACCGGACUGCCCGUCGGGCCUCGUGGUAAUGAACCCAAGUCGACGGACGCAGGGAGCCAUUACCCCCUCUUCGCCCGGCCGCCCGAGACCCCAGUUCAGCGCUUGCAGCAGACCCAGUCGGCGGCAUCCAACCAGGCUUCGACCGCGACUCCCAUCAUCACGGGUUCAUCAAACCCCGUCGCCUCUUUCCAACGCUCUAUUGCUGUCACCCAACAGGGACAGGGAAACAGCCAGCACCCGCCUCAGCAAGCCCUUCCGCUGCGUUUUUCAAACCAACAGGCCCCUACAUACCCUCCCUCCAUCCUGAACAGCUUGUCUCGAGCCCUACCACCGCCUGUCCCCUACCCCUCUCACUAUUUCCGCAACGAGCAUGAGACCAAAAGCACAGCAUCCCAGCACGGACUGGACUGGAAAAGGCUGUUCUCUUACGUCACCAACAAGCUGAACGAAGAUACUCGCGAGAUGCUGUCCCAGCCCGUCCCCGAUGUCUUUGAUUAUUACGGCGAGGAGCACGAGACCAAGAGCAGAGCAGCCAAGGAGGUGCGGGACUCCAUGAAGCGCUCCUCCGACCUCCAGGACAAGUUCAUGAACUCGCUAGAUCCUGGUGGGGUGUUGCACGUAUCCAAGAAAGACUUUGUGAACUUCGUGUCCGCCAUCGGGGUACUUUCCCAGGUAGGACCAGUCCCAAGUAUCUCCGACCUCCGGGCGAAGGGAGUGCAGAAUCCUAUGCCCAGUAUGAGCUCUGAGGUCAACCAGCUCCAGCAUCGACAAGAGAGCCAACCCGUCGCUCACUCGCCAGCCCAGAGACCCCUCGCCUUUGCAGAUCUCCUCAAUCUUGCGACCGCCCGGGCCCCGAAUCAAGACCCAACUGUUGUGGCUCGCCCUAACCAGGGCCUUCUGCCCUCGGCGCUCCCAAAGCGGAAGCUCAACACCGCGAUUCCAUCAAAUCAGCCCUUGGCGCAGAACGCCGCGAAUGCGAAUCCGUCUCAGCAGGUCAACCAGGGCCUCUUGCCUUCGGCGCUCCCAAAGCAGGACCUCAAUACUGCGAUGCCAUCGAAUCAAACCUUGAAUGGUGUAGCUUCCCCGAAGCAAGGUCUGUUGCCCUCCGCGCUUCCGAAGCAGAAUCUCAACGCUUCCAUGCCGCAGAACUGUAACCUGAGCGGUGCGAACACGAAUUCCAUUUGGACGAACCAGGGCCUCUUUGGCCUGUUGCCCUCGGCACUUCCGAAGCAGAAAUCCAUUCUCGAAUCCGCUCCGAAUCAAGACCAGAAACCAAUGGCUCGCUCGAACCAGGGCCUCCUGCCCUCGGCGCUCCCGAAACAGAAUCUCAACCCUGCGAUGCUGCCAAAUCAGAGCCUGAGCAUCGCGAAUACGAACCCGUUCCAGAAGGCCAACCAGGGCCUGUUGCCCUCAGCGCUCCCGAAGCAGAAUGCCAAUCCUGCUCCAAUGACACCGAUGCACAACUUGAACGCCGCGAAUGCAAACCCCUUCGGCCAGGCCAACCGGAGCCUAUUGACCUCCGCGCUCCCGAAGCAGAAUGUCAACCCUGCUCCAGUGACACCGAUGAACAACCUGCCCGCCGCGAACGGGGACUCGUUCCAACAACCCCCGCAGCAACCCGCUCAACAUCCUAUCCAGGAACAACCCGUCCAGGAACAACCCGUCCAGGAACAACCCGUCCAGGACCAACCCGUCCAAGACCAACCCGUUGAGGAACAGCCCGGACUAGGACUAGGAAUAAAAAAAUGGACCGCCGGGGAAGUCGAGACCUUCGGGUUGGGCCACGAAUAUGGCUUCAUGUCGGGCUUCGAGUGGGGCCAGAUGAACAUCCAGAGGACCUCGUACGCCGCGGGAUUCGAGUACGGGCGUCGGUCGGCUUCGCCCGUCGCUUACAAGCUCCACCUGGCGGCUCUCACCGAACUUGCCUGGCAGGCGCGCGUCAUCCAAACCAACCACCGCGAGAUGCUCAGGCAGGGCACGCUCGAGAAGUCGCUGGAUGAUUUCGCCCAAUCUGCUCAGAAACUCGUUGAACUUACGGUCGAGGCCGCGAAAAAGGAGGAGUUGACCUCUGAGGAGUAUCGCGAGGUCGCUGAGAAGGGCAAAUAUUCAGACUUCUUGUCCCUGGCGGUGGCGGAGCCUGCUGUUCCCGAGCGGAGUCCCGGGGAAGACGGCCAGCCGGGCCCGGCGGGGGCUAUGCCUCAGCUUCAGCGUGCUGUUCAAGACCAUGUCCCCGAGCCUCGUCUCGAAGAUGACCUACAGCCUGCUGUUUCCCAGCCUUGUUUAGGUGACGGCCUGCCCGGACUGGCGGUUGCUCAGGCUCAGCGUGUUAACCCCGUGACGCCUCUUCUUGACGGCGGCUGGCCGGGCCUGACUGUGGCUCAGCCUGCUACUCCCGAGCCUCGUUUUGACAAUGGCCUGGCUGGUAUUGGUCAGCCUGCUGUUCCUGAGCAUCACAUCGGUGACGGCCUGGCGGGCCUGGCGAUGGCUCCGCCCCAGCCUUCUGCUUCCCAGGAGCCUCGUCAUGGCGAUGUUCUGGCUGGUAGUGGCCAAUCUGCUUCCCAGGAGCCUCGUCUUGGCGAUGGCCUGGCUGGCAUUUGUCAGCCUGCUGUCCCUGAUCUUUCUCCCGGCGAUGUCUUCGCAUUGCGUCAACUCUUAAUGAGUCGACUCGCUGAUCCCCUGCCUCGUCUUGGCGAUGGCCUGGUUGGCUUUAAUCAGCCUGCAGUCCCUGAUCUUCUUCCCGACGAUGGCUUCGCAUUGGGUCAACUCGUAACGGGUCAACCUGCUGUUCCCGAGCCUCAUCUUGGCGACGGCCUGGCGGGUAUCAUCGGUUUGGUUGGUGCCAACAAUGGUGUGGGCGGUAACUCGAGUGGUGAUGCUGCUCUUGCUGGCGGUGGUGUCGCAGGGGGCGUUGACAUGAUGGUUGGCAUCGAAGGUGCUGUGGGUGGUGGUAGCAGCGACGACGACGAUUCUGUUACUCUUGACGGUGAUAAAAUUGGCGGCGGCGACGGUCUGGCUGAUGGUGGUGGUGCCGCGCUGGGUGAUGUUGGUGAUGCUGCUGCCAAUAUUGAGGACGUAGGAGAAGCUCACAGUGGUGAGACUAGAGAGAUGGUGAAGGAUGGAGGUGAUGAAAUGGACAUUGAUGAUGGGUUGAGAGAGAUGGACGAGUCCCUGGAUUUGAUGGAUCAUGGGGAGCUCUUUUAUCCAAAGGAAAAGCUGUGA